GCGGAUCCUGGGGAAAUUCGUAACGGACAAAAGGUGGGCGAGCCUCCCGGUGGAGUUUGAUUUCUCUCCGGGCACGCCACUACCGGAGGGCGUGUCCUUCAGAGACUCCUCAGCUACCUUCAAACGCUAUGGCCUACCCACGUCGCGAGAGAGCGCGAUCACCGCGGCGAAGCGGCUGCGAAAGGACAUAGCAAGGCUGGAGGACAACCUGCGCACGAAGUUAGUAAUCGUAGCCACCGAUAGCGGCGAAGGACAGGCGAAGGCCUCGGAGGUGGAGGAGGAGCAAGAAGACCAGCCGGCUGAUGCCGCAGCAGCGCAGGCCGGCUUUCGCGGCGCAGGUCUACCUCCCAAGGCGGCGGCCACAGCAGGCGGACCAGCAGCGGGCCCUCCAGCAAAGAUUCCCGAUGUGGCCUCUGUGAUCAUCUCGC